AUGAAGCGUAGUGGAACCAUUUUCAUUUUAGCUAUGUACUCUUCAUUAGUAUUAGCGGAUCCUCCUCAUUACACCACUCAAAAAAGUUUCCAAACUGCAUUCCAAGAAUGUGCUGAAUAUUUUCGGGUACCCAACUGCACCGUUCGACGAUACAUCGAAGAAUCGAACUCUCAGCCAAAGGACGAAGCGAAGAACCUGAUUCGCUGCACGUUAAUUAAUUUGGGCAUCUGGGACGACGAAAUCCGUGUGCGUGAAUAUGUUCUGCGAAAUUACUUCGUGCCAUCACCGAAUAAUACCUGUUACGAAAGGCGGAUUCGUGAAUGUCUCGCCAACCUUGACUACUACUGUGACUAUAGCCGUGCCUAUGAAUCAUUCGGAUGCUUCCACCGUCACUAUAGCGAGCUUAUUGUCACGGAUGAAAAACUCAUACCAAACGAAAAGCUGGAACUACAGCAGCUAGCUCUUACCGGCCUUACGAUGGUCAAUCUUCCCUAUGAAGUUCUAGUCCAAUACUGCAAAGGUGACAUAGAAGGUGAAGAACAUUUCCCAGAAUUACUGUUCCUGAUCCUGGUACGCGGUGGUUACUACAGCGCACAGAGCGGCUGGAAACUAGCGAAUUGGUAUACCCAACUUGGCUAUGAAGCUUUGUUGGAUCGGUACACACGGCAGUGCAUCGACCGUGUUGCAAAGGAGAAAUGCGAUGCCGACGAAGUCGCAAGAAUGUUUGCCACGUGGCAGACAUGUUUGGGUCGGUACAGCCCUAUCCUACAGUACAUCCGGAAAGCAGCCAAAACGCUGGUCGGGGAUCCAGAUGGCUGCAUUUGUACAAACGCUGUAUACAAUGGAAACUACAAGAUGGUUAAGGAUUCUUGUCAGUAA